ACCAAAGCGCGGGCUAAGGUUCAAGUUGCAUUUUAGAUGCGAACGAACGCACAUCGUUUUCGGUUAGUGGUCAUGAACUAAGUUUCGUGAAACUCAUCUACUUUUGCGAAGAGGGACAGGGUCGAGUGGUGCAGAUUGUGAUAUCUCGUUGUGGACUCUACGAUCGAGAAUUCGAAGAUCGAGCGAGUCCACGCAAAGGCAGAAAGGAUCGGUGAUCAUUGGAGUCGACGAAUAUUCGGUGAGUCUCGAGUAAUCUGCUUUCGUCUUACGCCACUGAUGAUCCGUUCUUUGACGUUUAAUAUUGAAAUACCGUUGGUACCGUGAUCCUGCUGUCUUCUUCGGAAGUUCCUCGAUCGAACGUUCCAUCUUCAAAAUAGAUUCGUUGUAAAUCGACGAUCAAGAUGAAACAAUUAUCCUGGAUCUUUCUUCAGCUGCUGUUUCUGACCUCGAUGUUUCCUUCGAGCCUGUCAGCCUCGACGAGAUCACGGGGCAAGAAGAAGGUCGCCAAAGAGACGAAAGAAGUGAACAUCUGCGCGAUCGAAGGCAUACAGGCUCCUAUGUACUGUUACUGCGAUAACAAUACCAUUAGAAACGCCACGGAAGCCACUUGCGUCGUGUUGAGCCCGUUCAGCAUUAACGAUCCAACGUGGAAUUACUUCACCUCGCAGAUCUACUUACAGAAGCUAAAGUUCGUGGUUCGAACGCCAAACGGAUUGGAAUACAUACCGGUUCAACUGCUGAGACAGCUGAAGAACUUGCAGAAGAUCACGUUCCAAGAUGCCAGCAUCGAGGAGCUGAAGGAAUCCGCGUUCUCGAACCUUCCUACGAUCACAGAAAUCGAUUUGAGCACGAAUUCCAUUUCGACGCUGAGGACGCACGCGUUUGAGAACUUGAAGAAUCUAACGGCGAUCUUUUUGAACUCGAACCGGAUCACCGAGAUCAAUAGAGACACGUUCGUCAAUCUACCAUCGCUAAAGAUACUCUCCCUGAACGGGAACAACAUCAGCACGUUGCACGACAAGGCGUUCAAGCAUCUGACUACUUUGGAAGAACUGCAGCUGGUCGACAAUCAGAUCAAAGUCAUCACCGCGGAUAGUUUCCACGGUUUGAGAAGUCUGCUGAAGCUCGACAUGCGUAACAAUUUGAUCGCCAUGAUUGGCGAUAGAACUUUCAUCGAGAUGCCCUCGUUAAGACAGCUGGACCUCGAUCAGAAUGAGAUUGAGUAUAUUUCGGAGAAGGCGUUGGACGGAAUGAGGAAUUUGAAGAAGUUGAAGCUCAGUGAAAACAAGUUGGUCACCCUGGAACCGGAUUUCCUGGCCGGUGCACCGGGAGUGUACGUGCUGGACUUGAGGGAUAAUUCGCUGAAGACCUUGACCUUCGAUAAUAUCAAGCCAAUCGUGACGAAUUUAUACAACAGCAGCAGCCAAUUCUACCUGAGCGGCAAUAAACUGAUCUGCGACUGCAAGCUGGCAUGGAUCUGGGGCCUGAGGAACGAGACGAAGAACGUAAAGCUGCGGGAGUCCCUGGAGGAGCUCACUUGCUUCCUGGAGAGCAAUAACGCAACGCUGAAGAUCAACAACGACGACCUCGAAUGGAACGAAGCGCUCGAAAUUGCACGGAACUCAGAGGAAUAUCGCACCGGGAGCUUGAGAGACGGCAGCAUCGAGGACGACGACGCCUACUUGGGCGACGAAUACGAGAGCAAAGAUGGAUACGAGGAUUCUUCCUCGAAUUCCGAUUUUCAGCCGAAGGUGCAGAUGGUGGAGGGUAAACUGUGCUACGUGAAGAACCUAUUCGACUUGAAACUAGAAGAGCUGCCGUGCCCGAAGAAAAAUUCUAAAGAAGGUUGAAUAAGGAAGAUUCAA